AUGUCAAAGUCGAUCAAAUUCAACGCAGGCAAAGUGCUCUACGACGAAGACUCUAAAAAGUGUAACCCGCUUCCACACAAAGGUCAGGUGACCAUCCGCCCUGCGUCCGACGACGGCUUCUACGAUUUUAUCUGGGCUCCCAAAUCCAAUUCUGGAUUGGAAAGAGAUGAACUUUUGAUCAUCCCCGGCGACGUCACGUUCAAGCCCGUCAAGUCGUGCCACACGGGACGUGUUGUGGCCCUCACAUUCUUGAGUUCGGGUGCCAAAAACUUAUAUUGGCUUCAGGAUGUUGGCGAUGACGACGAACUAGAUCAAUUCACUGCCAAAGACUUGGAGUUGGUGGGGUCGGUGCAGGCGCUUGUGGCCGCCGAUGACGACGAGACGGAGUAA